ACAACAGUUGAGUGGUCCACAGUCCACAAACACUACCCACCACUGUUCAUUGUGCAUUUGUAUGUGAUUCGUACCCCAGUCCUGGUAUUGAUUGAUUACAUCGCCUGUUAGUUGUUACAAUUUACGGGACAAUAUUUCACUGCUUAGUAAGUUUUGUAUUUAGGAAUAUUGAUAAAAGAAGAAGUACCUAUUAAAAAAUACACAUCUGUAAUUGAAAGUCUAAUUUUUAACUCAAAACCUUUAAAUUAAAAAAAAAAACAUUACUUUCGCUAUGUCUCCUCUAUGUGUGAGACAAAGUGGUGUACUCAAUCCUUUGGGAUACACUAUGUCAAAUCAUACAGAUGUAGCAAAAUCAAUAUUUCUUGGAUUUUCAUUAUUUGGUUUUGUUGGAGUUAACGGGAAUAAACCAAGUCCUCAACUAAUCAGUACCAUCAAUAGGGGCAUGUUGCAUUUAAAAAAUAACAAUUACAAUGCUUUUGAAGAAACAUUACAAGUGGCUCUCAAAAUUGCCAAUGAUUUUAAGAAUGCUUUAGGCAUUACAUUUAUAUAUGAUAUGCUAGCAAAUGGAGCGUUUAUAAAUAAGGAAUAUGAAAAAGCAAAACAUCUGUUUACCAAAGUCAUUAAACAGUUAUUUGAUCAAGGAGCCUAUGAAGAUGAUCUUAAAGUUCUACACAUAAGUCUUAAACUUUCUAAAAUUCACGAAGUUCUAAAUGAUUACAAAAAUUCUGAAAUUGGUUACUUAUUCUGUAUACGACAUUUGGAGGAGAAGAUGAAAUAUGAUCCUGAAAACGAAGAUGUUUUAGGUUUAUAUGCUAUAACAUUAGACACAUAUGGUCGUUAUUUAUUGACUGAAGGACAAACUGAGAUAGCAAGGAUUUGUUUUAGAAAGGCAUAUAAAGCUAGUGUGAAGUUAAAUGGCGAAGUAUUUGAAAUGAAUGUUAUUUUGUUGAAUGAUUUGGGAACCAUUUACUAUGGACAAGGGAAAUUAGACCAAGCAUUACACUGCUUUAAAAAGGCAGAACAAAUUGGGCAACAUCUUCCUGAUAUGAAAAGUUUUUCAAUGGUACAUAUAAAUCUCUCUUACAUUUACUUACAGCAAGGACUGUUAAAAGAAGCAGAAAAUCAUUGUGUGGAAGGAAUGACAAAUGCUAUAAGACAUGGUUAUGAGGAUGGUAAAAAAGAAGCAGAAUAUUGUUUAGUUGGAAUUAUAAAUUUUGCAAAGUGUAAGAUUUAGUAAUUUUUUUUUUUUGUAGACCAAAUGUUUAUUAGUAUUUCAUUUCUUCAAAUUAUUAUUUAUGUUUUAUUACAAUAAUUUUCAUAAAAUUUUAUUGUAGGCACUUAUGUC